UAAACCACAGCAUUGAUGUUCUUCCCCAUCGAAUCAUUUUCGAUUUAUCGAGCGUAAAACGUUGUUAGAUCAAAGAAAUAACAUCGAUUUUUCGAAACGUCGAUGACUUUCUUGUAACAGCAUUGCUUUUAUCGUGUAACUGCGCUAUUCAAAAAGAACGAUCAGCGAUGUAUUCUUGAACGUUAAGAAGAAAAAAAAGAACAGUCGGUCUGAACACGCGUUGAAUAUCUCGAGGAUCAUCGAAGAACAGCUCGGAUUUCUGAUUUCUUGCGUAAAAAACUUACUAGCGUUCUUUUUGUAAAAGCCAUGUUUCGUAUAUAAUACUGUAUAAUUAAUUAUAUGAUUUUCAAAGUGAACAUAUUGAAAAAUUGAAUUCCAUUGUAAAUCACGAUAUGACCCGAUUGCAAGAAACACGAAGUUCACCUUGUAGAAGUAUCUUUAAAGAUAUUUCAAAAACAGAAAGAAGCAAAAUUUUGUCAAAAAUUUAUUCAAAAAGUACUGGCAAUUUAAGAACACCACAAGACUCACAUUCUCGAGAGGAUCAUCGAUUUUUCGAUAAUGAAUACUUGGAAGAUCUUAACGAAGCAUCUAAUCUGAUCAAUCAGGAUUCUGAAAUACCGAAAGAACGGUGGAUCGCGUUGGCUUUAUUUUGUAUACUAAGUUGCAGUCAGUGUUGCAUAUGGAAUACCUGGGGUCCUAUAACAGUACCCACGAUGAUAGCGUUUACCACUUGGCAAAAAUAUCACGUAGCUCUUUUAUCCGAUUGGGGCUGUAUAACAUAUAUUAUUUUUUGUUUUCCUUGUUGUUGGUUUUUGUAUAGAAAAGGCUUAGUAGCACCUAUACGAGUGGCAGCGAUCCUUUCAGCGUUAGCAGCCUUUGUCAGAUGUUUUUCUUGUGACGAAACGAUCUUCACUAUAACGGCACAUAUCGCGGCCAUCUUAAAUGGUCUGUCCGGGGUAAUCAUCGGUCCAGCUACAGCCCUGGUGUCUGCUGUUUGGUUCCCACGUGGAGAACGCACCACCGCAACCGGUAUAUCUUCCGCUUGUAAUCAAUUUGGUAUGGCCGUAUCUUAUUUGAUAGGACCAGCUGUUGUAGAUACAAAGAUUCCGACUAACAGUACGAUAUUAAAUGAAAAGACUAGAAUCCUGAGAAUGUACUCUCGUAAGGAACGUUAUUAUUAUCGUUCACCGAGACGAGCUACGUUUGAUACAAGAUUAUCUUCGAAUAAUAAUCAUCUUCAAACGGUUCUUCGUGUACAAAUCAUGUCGCUAAUGAGAAUCGAAUUUGUGGUUCAAUCCCUCAUCGUAGUUGGAAUCCUAUCAUUUUUUCCAAACCAUUCUACCUCUAUCGAUCCUGUAGAUGUGUCUUCUCGCUUAACUCUGAUAGAUUCCAUCUUACUUCUUCUCAAAAAGAAGAAUAUGUGGCAAUUAUGUUUAGCAGCUGCGUUUAGUCAAGGUGUGACCGGACCAUGGCUUAGUAUGAUUACUGUAACAUUCGAUUCAAUGGUUACACAAGUGGAAGCUGAUAAGCUUGCUUUUUGGACUAUCAUUUUUGGCAGCGUUAUUAGUUUGGUAGCUUCUCGAGUAGCCGAUAUUUUUCAAGGUCAUCUCAGGACCGGUCUUUAUAUAUUGCUAAUGAUAUCCGUUGUAAUGUUUCUCUGGAUUUUAUUGCUUGAAAAUCGAAUCUUAAUAUUUCGUAAGGAAGAACUUUACGCUGCUGUAAUAUUUGGAAUAUCGGCCAGCUGGUCCACUCCCGCAUUGUUCCUUGAACUUGCUUCUGAAAUGGCAUUUCCUGUUUCGGAAGCCAUCGUAGGCGGAUAUAUGAUCUUCAUGGCAAACUUGAUAGGAACUCUAUUUUACUUUUCUUAUUUUAUACCUGAAAUUGGUGAUCGAUGUUCUACAUAUUGCGUUUUUGGAAGUUUAUUAAUCGCAACUAUUCUCGUAAUUUAUGUGAAAGAAGAAUACAAUCGUACGAAAUCAGAGAUUAAUAAAACCUAUAGAAAUGAGAAUGAUAACCAAGAAAGGAAGAUCAGAAAAAAAUAGUAAAGGAAAAAGAAUUACUACAUGUAUUUGAAGAGUGAUAAUAUUCUCAGUUCCAUAAAUCUUAUUCGUUUGAGAAAAAAGGAUUCGUGAAGAAAUAUUUUGAUUUAAAUAUUUAUAUAGAUGUUGCAACUAUAUAUUGUGAUAUAUAUUAGUUUCAUGAUAUAUUAUUAAAUUUUAUAUUAAAAUACAUCUUUCUUUGAUUUAAAUAGAAUUAUCGACUAGAUGGCAGUAUGAUUCAAUGCUAUAAAUUCAGUCGGUAACAAUCAGUAUCAAGUUUUACGAGUUCUUGUAUUGACAGAAUACUUAAUGGUCAAAUUAGUUUAAAAUUUUUAUUUUAAUAUACGAAAAAAAGAUCGCCCUUAAAUUAAAAUUUUAUCAUCCGGGUACGUACAUCGCAUUUUUUCUCAGAGAAUAAUUCAACGAAAAAAUUCAAUGUCAAAGAAUUCUUUGGGAUAGAAACCAAUUGCUUUUUCAGGUUAUUGUUUAAAAGUAUAUUAAUUUGUAUAAUUAUAUUAAUAAAAUAAAAUCGCGAUUUAGAAUCAGUGUUCAAUUUUCAAAACUUUUCGGUCGCUGUAGUACAUGAGAAAACAAGAAUUAUUGUUAUAUUCCUGUUAAAACCAUUUGUUCGCCAUGCUUAAUCAUGUCGAGGGCGAAAGGUUCAAAUAAGCACGAAUAUUAUUAGCUAAGGAUUCAUCGGUUGGAUUAAUUAAUUGUGCAAUUAGUGAGCAUUUUUUUCUUUAUAUUUGCUCGUAAUGCUAGUGUGAGAUCGGAUAUCUAUAUACGAUUUCGUCAGAAAAGCAUGUGAUUUAGCUCGUGCAUUGUUCGUAACUUAGUCUAUAUAAUCGUGAUUCACCUCGAUAUAUCAAUAUGGAUGUAGUAAAAAAUGAACAAGAAGAGAAGCGCAACGGAUACAUCCUGGAAAACAAAUGGUGGAUUAUUAUCUUGUACUUUAAUUAAAAUAAUAUGUGCUGAAACGAACGUUUUGCUAUUUUUUAAAUAUAAAUUGUAGGCAGGCAGGUAGCAUACAUUUUUCUGUGUGAUUGUGUAUUUAAUUUUAAGCUGGUAGGACUAGAAAAGACGAAUAAGAGAAUACUCUAUAGCAAUGGUUAAGGCUUAAAGCAAACAAGAGGCUAAACGCCGAAGAGGCCCCUACAAACUAUGGCUCAAGAGGGCAACUAUCAACGACGAGUCAUUUUUUUAGGGGAUUAUAAUACGUUUCUUUAAUAAUAGCUCGUAGUCCCACCAUAUUUUCUUACCACGUUGUCAUUUUGGUAAUCAGUAUUAAUUGUUAUAAUUGGAGAUGGUAGGGCAUUCCACCUCUUAGUACAUAAAGUUACGAAAUUAUAAUUUUCCUAUGUUUCUCCAAUAAAAUAUUUCAGAAUUUUCUUAUAUUCAGUUCGUCUAUCUCAGUACUAUCAAAUAUGGAAAAUUUAAGUACUCUAAUGUUUAGUUACAAUUAUAAUAAAGAGAUUUUGGCA